GCCACCUUGGGGAGGCCUUGGCGGAUGCCUGCAAGACGACUGCUUGGUUCGGGGGCGGCUUUGAAACCCCAGCGGACCGCGCCGACGGGCGUGUGGAGCCGUGGGGACACGAAGUCGGGCGACAGGAGGGGCGGCCCGGAGCUCAGGCGGGGCACAGCGCCGGCAGGCGGGCGGCCGGCCGGGCUGCCCGGCGCUGGUGUCCCGGCGAUGUGUGGUGCUGAAGCGGCAGCGGGAGCAGCAGCAGCGGCAGCGGGCUCGGCCUCGGCUUCGCGGCGGUGCCGGCGGCGGAGGCGGAGGCGCAGGCUCCUCAUCAGGACCUGGCGAACCCGGGCCUAAGCGGCGGCCCCGCGAGGCCCCGACACAGCGCCCCUGAUCGGGGCCUUCCCCGCCUCGCCCUGCCCCGGGAGCCUGCCUCCCCGGCCGGGGAUGAGGCCGGGAGGCGGCCGCGCGGGGCCCAGCACAAAGACUUGUUCCCGGGGGCCGCUGCUGCUGCCGCCGCCAGCCUAGAGCCGCCUGCCGAAGCCGAGCCGGCGCCGGGGCCCUCGUCCCCUCAGGUCCCUGGGGGCGGCUGCUGCCCGUCUCCCCGAGACCCAGGGCCCCGAGCGCUGAGCCCCUUGUUCCCCCGGCUGCGGUGGGAUCGGGCAGCUGCGCAGCCUCCGCUGCUCCCGGCCUUGCGGGCCCCGCGGAGCAUGUCGGAGGAGAGCGAUAUGGAGAAAGCCAUCAAGGAAAGCUCCAUUUUAGAAGAAUACAAUAUCAAUUGGACUCAGAAGCUGGGAGCUGGAAUUAGUGGUCCAGUUAGAGUCUGUGUGAAGAAAUCAACCCAAGAACGGUUUGCACUGAAAAUUCUUUUUGAUCGUCCAAAAGCUAGAAAUGAGGUACGUCUGCACAUGAUGUGUGCCACACACCCAAAUAUAGUUCAGAUUAUUGAAGUGUUUGCUAACAGUGUACAGUUUCCUCAUGAGUCCAGCCCCAGGGCUCGGCUCUUAAUUGUAAUGGAGAUGAUGGAAGGGGGAGAGCUAUUUCACAGAAUCAGCCAGCACCGGCACUUUACAGAGAAGCAAGCCAGCCAAGUAACAAAGCAGAUAGCUUUGGCUCUACAGCACUGUCACUUGUUAAACAUCGCCCACAGAGACCUCAAGCCUGAAAAUCUGCUCUUCAAGGAUAACUCUUUGGAUGCCCCAGUGAAGUUGUGUGACUUUGGAUUUGCCAAAAUUGACCAAGGUGACUUGAUGACGCCUCAGUUUACCCCAUAUUAUGUAGCACCUCAGGUACUGGAAGCCCAGAGAAGGCAUCAGAAGGAGAAAUCUGGCAUCAUACCUACCUCGCCAACACCCUACACUUAUAACAAGAGCUGUGACUUGUGGUCCCUAGGGGUGAUUAUCUAUGUGAUGUUGUGCGGAUACCCUCCUUUUUACUCCAAACACCAUAGCCGGACUAUCCCAAAGGAUAUGCGGAGAAAAAUCAUGACAGGCAGUUUUGAGUUCCCGGAGGAAGAGUGGAGCCAGAUCUCAGAGAUGGCCAAAGAUGUUGUGAGAAAGCUCUUGAAGGUCAAACCGGAGGAAAGACUUACCAUUGAGGGAGUGCUGGACCACCCCUGGCUCAACUCAACUGAGGCCCUGGAUAAUGUGCUACCCUCUGCUCAACUGAUGAUGGAUAAGGCGGUGGUUGCAGGGAUCCAGCAGGCCCAUGCGGAACAGUUGGCCAACAUGCGGAUCCAGGAACUAAAAGUCAGCCUCAAACCCCUGCACUCUGUGAACAACCCCAUUCUAAGGAAGAGGAAAUUACUUGGCACCAAACCAAAGGAUGGUGUUUACAUCCAUGACCGUGAGAAUGGAGCCGAGGAUUCCAAUGUUGCCUUGGAGAAGCUUCGCGACGUGAUUGCUCAGUGUAUCCUCCCCCAGGCUGGUAAAGGAGAGAAUGAAGAUGAAAAGCUGAAUGAAGUAGUGCAGGAAGCUUGGAAGUAUAAUCGGGAAUGCAAACUCCUCAGAGAUACUCUGCAAAGCUUCAGCUGGAAUGUUUCAGGUCGUGGAUUCACUGAUAAAGUAGAUCGAUUAAAACUGGCUGAAAUUGUGAAGCAAGUGAUAGAAGAGCAAACCACUUCCCACGAAUCCCAAUAAUGACAGCUUCAGACUUUGUUUUUUAAAAAAUUUGAAGAUUUAUUCAUUAAUGUAUAAUUUUUAUGUAAAUUAAUAAAUCAUAAUUUCAUUUCCACAUUGCUUAAAGAUGCUAUAUAAAUUUAGAUACAGGAUUUACUAAUAGUAUAUAUAGUUCAUUUGUUUUAAGAAAAGCUCAGUUCCUAGAGAUAUACUAUUACUUUAGGAUUGUUUAGUCAUCUGUUGUAAAGCUGAUGGUAUUGUCAAGCAAGAUUGUUUUAUUUGUAAUAAAGCAUACAAAAACCAUUUGCCAGUGGUAGGCAAAGGACUGACUAUUUUGACCUCUCUGCUUAGUAAACAGUUGGAUCAAGUACUGUGGAAUCUGGUUUCAGUUGCCCUGUGUAUUUCCUCUCUGCACUGUUGGUGGAUUAGCUCUGGUGCCAAGAAUUUUUUUGUGGAUCCGUUGCAAACUGCCAGAUGGAACUCAGAGGGUGCCAACUCCUGUGAUGGAAGAGGCAGGGAGCUGAGUCCUCGUUUCUCUUCUCCCUAAUUCCCUAGGGAAAAGUGGUCCCAUUUCUUUAUUGUCGUAUUUUUUAAAAGGUAUUGGUGUGUUUCUUUAAUAGGAUUCUCUAUUGAGUUUAUUCUUUCAUGUUUAACCAGAGCUUCAGCCCUGUCACUUCCUUCGAGGUCCUACCUUGUACUCCCCAUUUCCUGAAGCCCUCACCAGCUCCAUUGCUUCUUACCUCCUUUUCCUGUUCUUCUGACUCCUUUUAUGGAAUGAUUUUUCUGAGAAAGUUACAUGUCAUAAAAACUGGACUAAUGGAUAUUCAUUGGAAGGACUGAUGCUGAAGCUGAAGCUCUAAUACUUUGGCCACCUGAUGUGAAGAGCUUACUCACUGGAAGAGACCCUGAUACUGGGAAAGAUUGAAGGCAAAAGGAGAAGAAGGUGGCAGAGGAUGAGAUGCUUGGAUAGUAUCACCGGCUCAAUGGACAUGAACUUGGUAAACUCUGAAGGGAUAAACUCUGAGGGAUAGUGAGGGACAAGGAGGUCUGGUGUGCUGUAGUCCAUGGGGGUCACAAAGAGUUGGACAUGACUUAGUGACUGAACAACAACAACUGGGUUAGCAUCUAAGAUGGGCCAGGUUUCUGUCUUAAAGCUACCUUUUUUCUCUAACGUUUCUGCCUGGGUUUCAUGUUGGCAUCCCCUGGACUGCAUGUAUUUUAUUAAGCACUCUUCAUUUUCAGGAAGCAUGGUUUUGGCCCAGAGGUCAGAUACUUGAAUAGAAACAAGGCUCAGUGCUUUUCUACUGUGCUAUUGUGCAAUGGGCUUCCAUAACAAACCAUUUUUAUUUAUUUGUUUUACUAGUUCUUGGUUGUUCGUUCGGUGUUGGUAAAUGGGAGAGCUAAUAGGCAAACUCCAAUUCACAGAGAAGGAAAGGCUCGGUAGGAUUGGUUACUCAGUUUCAUCCCAUCACAUUCUCUUCAAUUGAAAUCAACCCCACAGAGCUCACUUACUUUCUAACUCUUCCACUUUGCUAAUAUGUCUUCAGGAUGACAUUUGGUUAGUAUACCCCAUAUGUGUGUGAAUGAGUGCAGUAAUACAUGAUAAAAAUAAUAUCUCUUAGCAAUUACCUUAUACAUCAGUUCCCUCAUAUUUUGGAGAAUUUUUAAUUCAAGGCAUUUUUUGAGGUAAGACUCACUAAUCUCAGGUGACUAAUAACUUAUAAAUGGAUACCCUGUAAGGAGAAUUCAAUACUUUUAAACAUGGCAAAAUCUAACAGGCAGCAGAGAAAAACCAAAAAACUUAGCUGAGAGUUGAAUUAAAAGUUGAAUUCUGUUUUUCAGUGAAAUGCAGUCUUAUAAAUCACUUUCUGCAGUCAGGAAAAACUGCACUUGUUUCUGGAACAACUGAAUCCCUGUUAUGUUUCUUAGUUUAUUGCAGAGGUUCAGUAUUUGUGGGCUUUUCUUAUGGCUCAGCUUGUAAAGAAUCUACCUGCAAUGUGGGAGACUUAGGUUUGAUCCCUGGGUUAGGAAAAGCCCCUGGAGAAGGGAAAGGCUACCCAUUCCAGUAUUCUGGCCUGGAGAAUUCCAUGGACUGUAUAGUCCAUGGGGUUGCAAAGAGUUGGACAGAACUAAGUGACUUUCACUUCAGUAUUCCCUAGGGUGAGGAAGGCAGUAACUAACUUUGUUACUCUUCUUUUUCUUCAGAAGAACCUUCUAGCAGAGGAACUAGGCUACUAUUAACUUCUCAAAUUUGUUAUUUGGGUGUCUUCUAAAGGCUCAGGAUGAUUUCCCUGUGUGGUGAAUUUUAGGUAUGAUCUAAAAGGGUGUCCAAAAGAUGCUUCCUUUUACUCUAAGCAGAGGUUGCUCAUGUUUCUUUAGGCUGAAUUAAACUGGCCUCCCAAAUGAGUAGAGUGUCCAGACAGGUUCAUGCUCAGAGUUUUAGAAUACCCUGAAAGUGAAGUGGCUCAGUUGUGUCUGACUCUUUGCAACUCCGUGGCCUGUAGCCUACCAGGCUCCUCCGUUGGUCCAUGGGAUUUUCCAGGCAAGAGUACUGGAGUGGGUUGCCGUUUCCUUCUCCAGGGGGAUCUUCCCGACCCAGGGACCGAACCCAGGUCUCCUGCAUUAUAGGCAGACGCUUUUACCGACUGAGCCACUCGGGAAGUCCAUAGAAUACGCUAGAGGGUGUUUAAAAGUGGGUCCUACCUGACACAGAGCUCCAUGACAAAACUGGAGCUUCCAAAAGACUCAGCACUGUUCGGUCUUUAAAGUGGGGUUUUGUUUAUGGGGAGUUUGUAGGCCAGUAGCAAAUUCUGCUUUAACUUUACCAGUCAGUUUUGCUAAUAAAAGAAAACUAACAUGUACUGGAAGUGAAACAAAAUCAUCCUUGUCUCUUUUGACCUGUCCCUCUAAUGCCUGUAUCUGCAGAAAGUUCCCAUUCUAAGAACAGUUCUCAUAGGCAGGAGGAGUCUUCAGUUUUCCUACAUGAUUUGCCAACCCUCUGCUUACUAUAUAACCAUUACUUAUCACUCAAACACUUUUAGAUUUUACCACAAUUAUUAAUCUAUUUGAUGUGGAACAACAUUUGUAUUUUUCUGGCUAAUGUAUUUUAUAAGCUAGGAAACACUUGUCAGAAGUUAACUGUCUGAAACAUGCAGAUAGCAGGAAAUGCUUUUUUAAAAAGAAUUUUGUUUUUGUAUUCAUUUGAGAUAGAACAAGUUGAAGGAAUUAUUGAAGUCAAAUGAUUUAAAUCAGAUCCUGUGUGUGAAUACUUGCGUACGUGUGUAUUGAUGAAAAUGUGUUUCAAUUUGAGACUUGGAAAACUGGAUAUUUAAUUUUAAUUAUAUUUUUAUUUAUUUAAAA